UUCCGUUUUAAGAUGGCGUCCAGUUCUGUCUUUUUUGGACAUUUUUGAGGGCUUAUUGCGUGCAAAAUGAUUAUUUAUUAUUGUACGUAAAUGAUUCUGUGAAAAAAUGGAUACUUUAAACUUUCCAGAAAUACCAAAGAAGGAUGAAUCUGAGGUAAAUUUGUAUGAAUUUCAUACAGAGAAUUUGACGCUCUGACAGUUGUCAAAUCAAAUCAAAUGUGUUGUUUGGGAAUAUUUAUAUAUUUAUUUUUUAACUUAUUUUCAUAGGAUUGGUACUAUAGUAAAAGACGAGAAAUGCAGGUUAAAUAUAAGAAAAUGUUAUGCAAUAGUUAAUAUUAAUAACCCUAUUUUUGUGACAAUUUGUCAUCACCCAUCAAUAACUUUAUUGUGUGAAACAACGGUGGUUUAUAUCUUUGUUUGCACUGAUAUAAACACAGCUUGCAUCACAGUUAAAAAUAUUGUGUGCUUACACUAAACUUUCUAAUUUGUCAAGAGCACUCAAAAGGUUUUAAUUUGAUCAAUGAAUAAUUAGGUCAAUCAUAAUCUGUGGUCUGACUAACUCACAGUUUAUGGUGAAUGUUAGGGUGUUACUGAGAGAUUAUGAUACUAAAUGCCAAGUUUGUUGCAACAAAGUCUGUGAGGCAGUCAAAUCCUUUAAUCUGUUGAAUGCCGACUGCUUGAGGAAAUCUAAACUUUCAUAUUACAAUGCUGAAUGAACAAUGGUGUAACAUAGAUCAGGAUUCGGCAUAAUCCUGUGAUAAUGACAUCUACACUGCAUGUAAAAAUCACACACCCUCAUAAUCUCCUCCCUCACCAUGAGACAGGGCGAGGCUUAUUGAGGGUUGUUAUGCAAGAACAUUUUUACUGUAGGAGGUCCUGCCAGGAAUAUUUCUUGGACCUUAUUCUGUUGCUACAAAAUCCAAGGUAUGAAUUUUAAUUUUGUCCAAGCAACAUGUCACAUGACCAUGGUGAAAUGUGUCUCUGCAAGUGCUUGCAACCAGUCACCUUGUGCGACUGAACCGGUAAUAUUUACCAGUGAUACAAAAUACUUCACCUGUACGUCCCAAAUUAAAAUUUAACAUGACACUAUUUUUACCGGCUAGCUAAAUUUUCUCCUGGAGAAUGGAGUAACACACAUCAUAUGUAUCAGACAAGAUCUGGAGGCAAACUUUGUGAAACCUAACUUUCCUGACAAUUUUAAGUAAGUUUUGGAUUGGUAUAAAACUAGGAUAUCCUGUAUCACAGUGGUAAAUACAGUGAUACCACUGAAUGGGAACCUUGUACAGAAGGUCAACUCAGCCAAAAAAGCAUAACCACUGCCAAAAUGCCACAUGUUCCUAGCCAGUGUGCUUAUGAGAGGCAUUCACCCCCCUGAACAUCCGCCAUUCUGAAUAUCUUCAGGGGGGUCGUUGCCUCUCAUAAGCACACAGGCUAGGAACAUGGCGCUGGGUGUGCACAUUGCAAUAGUUAUACCAAAAUCAUAGGCAAAAUGACCUUCUCUAGGGUUCCUAUUCUGUGGUAAUACCACAGGCAUCAGUUUCCUUUUAUAGUGCAGUUUUGUGGUAAUGUCCACAAAUGAUCAAAAUUUCCUUUAGUACAGUUUUGUGGUAAUUGUCAAAAUAAAAAUUUUUUUCUUUAGGUAUCUUGUCUUGAACAUUGCAGACAAAACUACAGAAAAUAUUAUUGGUCAUUUUCCUAUGGUAAAUAUUGGUCAUGUGAAUUAAUGAUGCUGUAGAUGUGAAGAGUGGAAUAAUAAUAAAAUCAAAUGAAGAAAUAUUUAAAAUAAAUAAAAAAAUUCAGAUUUCUUUAUGUGCAAUUACAAUUUUUUUCAGGUCAGAACAUUUCUCAAUGAAUGCCAAAGUACCAAUGGUAUAUAUUUGUACAAAAUUUUAGUUCAUAAUUCUCCUGUUUCUUAAAUAAUUAUUUUGUCUUGAUGUUAUGUUAUCCUUAUUGCUGUCCUUUCUGUUCUAAUCAGGCAAGGUCUUAAUUCAUGGCAACACUGGCAUUUCACGGAGGUAUACAACGUUGCAUUAGUCCAUUUGAUCAAAGUAUACUAUCGCAGUUACUGGCCAAAUUCAUACUAGAAGAUGGAUUUUCGUAUGAUAUGAAACGAAAAGCAUCCGACGAAUAAACCUGAAAAAUCCUCCCAAAACGCCUCAAUCCCAGUCUCUUUUUGAAGUUCCCAUUUGAAACCCGAUUUUAUUUAUUUGUCUGAUUUAAAUUUAAGACUAGUUUUUUCUAGCUCAGUUGUUGUUCAGACGAGUUAGACGGAAAAAUUGGUCUAAUUUCUGGUCUCCCGGUUUCAAGUCUCCCGCAUUAGACGGAAACCCGUUGUCUAUCGAUUCACAUUUGUCUACUUCGAUGUUUCAGCAUUUGCGAAUGCAAAAACAUCAUUUCAAACAAUGGAGACUUUCCGAGUCACUUUCUCUGAAGCACGUUUGCUUUGGAGUGCAUUUUGGAACGUGCGUUUCGAACGCAAAUGCUAUGCCGUUUUAAACAAGGCAACAUUUUCGUUACGAGAGUUUACUGCAAGUACUUUUGACCUUUUUGUAUCCAUAUUACAGGCUUACUAUACCACAGAAAACCGAGUACUGAUAUAACAAACCAUCUGACAAUCAAUAAAUUAUUUUUUUUAGUGCUGCGUUAUUAAUAGCGUACGUUAUGGAGACGUAUGGAAUUGCUUAUAGGUACACCUCAAACCAUUUUGGACCUUGCUGUUUUUGUUCGAACAUGCAUUAGUUCCCAGAACUCAGCAUAAUUUUAUUUAUUGCAGAGAGGCGUUUCUCUAUGUUCAGCAGAAGAGAUUUUGUAUCAAUCCUAACGAAGGUUUUACUCAACAACUAAUGGUACAGAACAUAGCUUAAAUUUCUAUUUUCCAAGCAGUUAGACAAAAUAUAUUCAUCAUAAAUUUAUUCUAAAUUGGAUUCCGGUGAAACUAUACUAUCGGGACCCAGUGCCAGAGGCGUAAUCAUGAGGGGAAUGGAGGGGGGGGGUCCAGACCCACACUUUUCUUCAGGACCAAUUUUUUAAUUCUUCCAAAACUAAGGAGAAGCUGUGGUGGGGGUGGGACUAAGGAGAAGCUGGUGGGGGUGGGGGCUAAGGAGAAGCUGGUGGGUGGAGGGGGGGGGGGGUAACUUCUUAUUGUUUUCAUCUAUGACAUAAAAUAUACCAAAUCUGUGGCUUUCAGAUUAUCACAAAACGUGUCUAAAAUGCAUGAAAUAGCUUUUCGCCGACCCUAAAAAGUAGAUAAAUUUGCCGGGGGAACAUGCUCCCAGAUGGCUGGACGAUCAGACCCCUACGUGCAUGCUGGCACCAAAGUAUCUCGGUAUAUCCAUGCAAUUAGAAGGAAACCGUUCAUUCAUUCACUCUGUUGUAGGAAUAUGAACCGAUUUACUUAGCAAACUACCAGAUGAAACAAUUCAACAGCAAAGAACCACUAGGACACAGAGGUAUCAUAUGUCACCAACUUUUGUGAUCUCAUCACAAAAGUGAUCUCCGGAUUCAUGAGCUUGUCCGGAUUUUACUACAAAUUCUACUAUACGCUAUCCGGAUUCUUAUCUGAGCAAAAUAUAUGGAUAAGGGAUCACAUCAUGGUUGUUAUAAGACCUGGUUAGGAAACCCGGCAAACUUCAAUGAAAUUACGCUAUAAACAAACAUGGAGGUUGAACAGUCAGUUUGACCCUGCACAUGUUGGUUUUAAUCAAUGAGAAUUGACCAAACGAUGUAACACAAACAUUCUCCAUCGAAAAAUGGUGGUAAUACUUCGUAAGAUAUAGCCCUGGUAGGCAAAACAAAUACUUGGUACCCAUUCCUUUCGCCAAGCUUUCUGAACUGACUAUUGUCAAACAAUAGAAAGACAAAUGAUUUUUCAACCGUGACCCUGCACAAGGUACACAAUCACCUAAAACAAAGGGUUUCCAAACCAUGUCAUAUAUAUUAACUAUGGUCACAUACUCUGACUUAGAAAAUUGUGACUCAAAAUUUGACUUAGAAAAUUUCAUACUGACCUAAAAAUUUUUCCCUAAUUUUAAAAACAUGCAGACUGUACUGAUAGCAUUCUUUUUUUAUGUUCCUAUGACCAUUUUCUUUGCAGCAAGCGUAAAAAGAUCGUAUGAAGCAGAUGUUGAAGAAAUGCAGUGUAGCUGAUAUUUAUACCAACAUAAUAUCCGAUCUCAAACAGUUUGAAUUAUUUAAAGAGACAAUAAUAAUAACUUUUACACAAUGUUAACAUGAAAUAGUAAUUCACAACGGAAGGACAAGCAGCCUAAUAUAUAAUACCAAUUAUAUUUUUGUUGUAUUUAAUUUUUAAAAUGUCAAGUUUGAGUGGAGAUUUUAACGGCACUAAGAGAAUUAGUUGUAUAGUUUCCUCACUUCUUGUAUAAAGUUGUAUUUAUGUAAAUAGAAAAGAUGAAAUGAUUUCAAUGAUAAAUGGACACCAAUGAUUUCGACAAAAAAAAAACUUGUUGAAGUUUUACUUCCGAGAUUUCACAGAUGGUCGUUGAGG